GGAUCUAUAAAUAUGAAUUAAAAUUAUCAAAAUCUCUACAAUCAUUCCAACAAAAAAUAUAAUUCUCUGGGUGACAAUGUCAAUAAUUAACCUCUUUUAUAACGAUUGUAUUGCAAUUGAAAACAUUGAAAAAUAGAAAACAAGAAAUUAUUGACCAAAAAUCACCUGUAAAUUUAUUUAAUCUAAUUUUACCCUUUAGUAAUAAUGGCUUCCGGUCUAGAUUCAUUUGUGAAUCAUACAGUUUCGAUUAUUACAUCAGAUGGUAGAAAUUUUAUAGGUACUCUCAAAGGCUUCGAUCAAACUAUCAACAUUAUUCUUGACGAAUCCCAUGAGAGAGUUUAUUCAACUUCAACAGGAGUUGAACAAGUUAUGCUUGGACUCCAUAUAAUAAGAGGUGAUAAUGUGGCUAUAAUCGGACUUAUAGAUGAAGAUAUUGACAAUCGGUUAAACUUUGCAAAUAUUAAAGCAGAACCUUUGAAUGCAGUUGUGCAUUAGUUAAUAGUGUUUAGUUGUAAUUAUUUUGGGAAUUUUUGUCCUAGUUAAGUCUAAUAAAUUGCAUAUUUUCGUA